AUGAUCACGAGUGAUACCCACCACGCUCCCACCCCACUGUACUCCCCACCCUCAUUACCGACGUUCACCCACUUCCCCCACCACCAGCCGCUCACCAUCCUCCUCGCGCUCCACCUGCUCCUCGAGCCCUUCCCACCGCCUCCAACCAUCCCUGCCACCACUCAAGUGCCGGGCCACACGCCUUCAGAAGCUGACGCGUCCCAAGGGGCUGACGCGCCUUCAGGCAUUGCAGCUGGGAGGGAGGAGAGAGGGGGAGCGGAUCCGAGAGCAACAGCGGAGGGGCAGCAGCAGUGGCAGCGGUGUGGGCUGACCACUCGCCCCUCCCUCUGCAUCCAUGUGCUUGGUGGGCAUUCAUGUGCUUGGUGGGCAUUCAUGUGCUUUGUGGGCAUUCAUGUGCUUGGUGGGCAUUCAUGUGCUUGGUGGGCAUUCAUGUGCUUGGUGGGCAUUCAUGUGCUUGGUGGGCAUUCAUGUGCUUGGUGGGCAUUCAUGUGCUUGGUGGGCAUUCAUGUGCUUGGUGGGCAUUCAUGUGCUUGGUGGGCAUUCAUGUGCUUGGUGGGCAUUCAUGUGCUUGGUGGGCAUUCAUGUGCUUGGUGGGCAUUCAUGUGCUUGGUGGGCAUUCAUGUGCUUGGUGGGCAUUCAUGUGCUUGGUGGGCAUUCAUGUGCUUGGUGGGCAUUCAUGUGCUUGGUGGGCAUUCAUGUGCUUGGUGGGCAUUCAUGUGCUUGGUGGGCAUUCAUGUGCUUGGUGGGCAUUCAUGUGCUUGGUGGGCAUUCAUGUGCUUGGUGGGCAUUCAUGUGCUUGGUGGGCAUUCAUGUGCUUGGUGGGCAUUCAUGUGCUUGGUGGGCAUUCAUGGGUGCGCCAAUCACCCCUCUCUGUUUUUAAGCCACUUAUGA